AUGCCCCCAAAGAAACACGCUCGCAGCACGAGCAGCGCCAACGUCGAAUCGACGGCUAAACGACCACAAAAAGAGGCCGACGUAGCAAGCGGACCAAGUCAGGAAAAAGAUACCAAUGACAGCGUCCUAGAACCUGAGUACAUUUGCAUUCAUGCAACUUUGUCCGAUGAUCGGGAGGAUGAGGACAGCGACGAAGUGGAAGUCAGAGGAGAAGAUGAGGAUGACGAAGGUCCGACUAGAACGAUCAAGAUGAGCGUCAAAGACCAGAGUGUCUUCCGCAAGUUGGCCAGUAACCAUCCUGAGCACAAGUGGAUCAUGAUGUGGCAAACUUACAUGGCUCUCACUGAUGCCGUGGAUCAUUCUGGACACUCUGAUCCAGAUCUCUUUGGCAUGCAUGUUUACAACGACUUCCACUGGUAUGGUCUUGCCGAGCUUCUGGAGAACAUGACCGCAUACCAGAAGUCAACAGUGGAGACCGCGCUGCUUGACUUGUGGGCUUCUAUCGCUGCGUUGGGACACUGGGUCAAUAUGAACACGGAAUUUAUGAUGAUGGACGACGGCGAUCGAGCCUUUAAUCUUAUCGGGCUUAUUGGCUGCGCAUUCAUCGAUACCCUGAUCACUGUCGACAAAGCUGGACAGCUUUCGGCGGACUCGAUCGUUAAGGAUCUUGGCCUGGUCAUGUCAUUGUAUUUGAAUUUCGGUCGAGGUCAGGAGGACUAUGAUAUCGAGGAGGGAGAUCUCCAGUGGCGGAGUGCGAUCGUCGCUUUUGCCAAGAAGGCCGGCAUAGAUCUCACUGUCGUUGGGUGUAGUGCUACGGCCGAGAAUGUGAGGAACGAGGAGGAAGAGGCAGAAGAAGAUAUUACGGCGGACUUGGUGAAGGGUUUUCGAGAAGCAGUCUGA